CGCUGUGACGACACCGGAUUUUGGUUUUGCUAAAAUACGGUGUAAUCAAAAUAUGUGUGUAUACUGCUGUUUUAUGAGUGUCUGUUGGUUAUUAUUAAGUGUAUAAUAGUGACAACAGUGAAAAUAUUUGUGUUAUGAAGUUUAGUGAAAGUUGACGGAGGUUUUCAAGGAACUUCGGGUGUCUCGUAGCUUAUUUACUUAAUGGCGGGCUCCGGGGGGCUCGCGGAGUGGUCGGAAGGUGCUGCGGUGUGGUUCCAGCCGACCGGCGCCUCCGCCCCGCUGCCCGGAUCGCUUGUGGAGGUCCACCGGGCCGCUAGAGUACUCCUCGUCAGUGCAAUCGUCAAUGGACAGCCCCAGACCUUCGCCCUCCAAAUGGGCAAUGGCGAGGACGAGGGAGAUCCAGUAUGGCCCCGCGAGGAGCUUGGCCCCACCGGAGUGGACGACAUGACCCGUCUCCACGACCUGCACGAAGCAGCCCUAUUAUGGAACCUGAAGCUCAGAUACGAACAGGGAAUUAUAUACACGUAUGCGGGUUCCAUUCUGGUGGCUGUCAACCCUUAUCGGCCGGUUGAUUCUUUGUAUGGACUGCAGACUGCACGGAGGUACCACGCAGCCGAAGCCUUAGGUGAUCUUCCACCACAUCUCUUCGCCAUAGCAGCUGCUGCGCGCGUAUCACUACCUCAGCCUCAGGCCAUACUAAUCUCUGGCGAAUCUGGUGCAGGGAAAACCGAGUCCACCAAACUAGCUGUUCAGUUCCUCGCAGCCGUCGCACCUGCACCGCCUGGUCGAGCGCCAGUCUCCGAACAAAUCCUGGAAGCAGCUCCACUCUUAGAAGCCUUCGGCAAUGCCAGGACACCAAAAAAUCACAAUUCUAGUCGUUUUGGGAAAUUACUUGAACUAUAUUUCAAGGAUGGUGCGCUAGCGGGCGCAAGAGUUGCUCAUUAUCUCCUCGAGAAAUCUAGAAUAGUCACUCAGUCGCCGGGUGAGAGAAACUAUCAUGUAUUUUAUGAACUACUCGCUGGAUUAAGCGAAGAACAGCGACGAACAAGAGGAUUACUGACGGCUGAGCAUUAUUUUUAUUUGAACCAAGGAGGUGGGGAUUCAGGCGGUGCGGGCGCUGGAGCUGACUGGUCAGCUUUAUGCGGUGCUAUGCAAGUCCUCGGCAUAGGGGACGCAGAAAGAGAAGAUAUUAUAAGAGUCCUAGCGGCAGUUUUACAUUUAGGCAAUGUUUACUUUCACCGAAGACAGCUCCGGCAUGGACAGGAAGGCGUGCAGUUAGGUGGAGGUGCUGAAGUACGUUGGGCUGCACAUUUAUUGAAAGUACCUGCAGAAGCACUGGCUAGAGCGUUGACGACUAGAGUGACCGCCGCUAGAGCUGAACGCAUGAGGUCACCGUUGCCUAUCGAUCAGGCUCUUGAUGCCAGAGAUGCUUUUGCUAAAGCCCUCUACUCAUCACUAUUCAACUGGCUGGUCCUGCGAAUAAAUUCGAUCGUCCACCGCGCUGGUUUACACGACGCUCAUCGAAUAUCUCUACUAGAUAUCUUCGGAUUUGAAGACUUGGAAGAGAAUUCGUUCGAGCAGCUAUGCAUUAACUAUGCAAACGAAACUCUACAGCAUUAUUUUAAUAAACACAUAUUUAAACUGGAGCAACAGGAAUAUCAAAAGGAGAGACUGGAGUGGUCGAAUUUGACGUGGAACGAUAAUUCUCCAGUUAUUCAACUUCUUAGUAAAAAACCUGUGGGAAUCUUACAUCUGUUGGAUGACGAAAGCAAUUUUCCGCGCGCGUCCGACGCAUCAUUCUUAGAAAAGUGCCAUUACAAUCACGCAUUGAACGAACUGUAUUCUAGACCUAGGUUAGGAGCUAGCGAAUUUGGUAUAAAACAUUACGCUGGUCAAGUGUGGUAUAAUGUGGAAGGAUUCCUGGACAAGAACCGGGAUGCUCUACGGGCGGAUGUGUUGGAACUGCUGUGCAGCAGUGAGGUACCGCUGGUGGCAGAGAUGUCAACACAGCUGCGAGCACAGCACGACGCCAACAAGACCCUCCCGAGGGGAGCCAAUGGACGUUUCGUCAUCAUGAAGCCUAGGACACCUACUGUUGCUGCCAGGUUUUCGGACAGUCUCCACCAGCUGCUGGAGUCAAUGUCCAGGUGCAAUCCUUGGUUCGUGCGGUGCAUCAAGCCAAAUACAGAAAAGUCACCCAUGAAAUUCGAUAUGCCAUGCGUGCUGGCCCAGCUCAGAUACACUGGAAUGCUGGACACCAUCAAGAUUAGACAGACCGGCUACCCAAUCAGAAUACCGUUCCAGAACUUUGUGGAUAGAUAUCGGUACCUACUGAAAUCGACUCCACAACGAUCGACGCCAUAUCGAGAGAUUUGCAAUUCGAUUCUAGCGGAGAUGCCAUCUACUGGGGCCGUUGGUGCGGACUACCAGCUGGGUGCCGCGCGAGUCUUCAUCAGGGAGGCGUUACACAGAGCUCUGGAACGUUCUAGAGCGGACAAGUUGCGAGCGGCUGCAACGAAGCUCCAAGCUCAUGUACGAGGAUACCUCGCAAGGAAACAAUACCACCAAAUGCGCACAGCGGCAGUAAAGGUUCAGACGUGGUGGCGCGGCGCGCACGCACGUAAUCGCUACGUGCGCGUACGACGCGGAGUUACGCGUGCGCAGGCGCUGGUACGCGGACGACGGGCGCGAAGACGUCUUGCCGCCAUCCGAGAACAACACCGACGGCGUCGUGAAGCGCAACUUGCGGCUGCUAAACGUCGUGCAGCAGAACAAAAGGCUCAAAAGGCAAAAGCAGAGAGUCUACAAGCGUUGGAGGUGCCAGCGGAACUGGCCUUCAUAUUAUCAAAGAUUGACGAAUGGCAGCCACCGCAUACUGAGAGAAAUCUUGCCAAGGUAUCAGGCGACGUAUACGCGGAUGACGAGCGUGUGCAGCUACCCCGAGAUCUGCAGCAGUUCGCGUUUUCCAAGUUCAGCUCGGUAUAUUUCGCGGACGGUGGGCAGCUCAGCCCCAGGAAACAUCCCAUCACUAGACCCUUCCUGUCGAAAGCAGCUGUCAGAGAUCAAGAUUUUAACGAUGCUGUGGCAACGUUCAAACUGAUUCUAAGAUGGUGUGACGAGUCUGCGGCCGGCGAUGAAACUAGACAAAAGGUCUUGGCGGACUACAUAGCAUCCCGUGGACUGCAGUCGCGAGGGUUGCGUGACGAGAUAUUAGUACAGCUCUGCAACCAGGCUACUACUCACUCAGACCGCGUGUGGCUGCUCAUGGCGCACUGCCUCGCAGCCUUCCAGCCCGGACCGCCGUUACACAAGUACCUAGUGCGGCUGAUAUCGGAGCGGGCGCCUCCGCGGUGGCGUGCGGCGCUGUCGCGGCUGGUGUGCGGCGGCGGUGCGGGCGCGGCGCGUGCGGCGGGCGGCGCGGCUGCGGCCCGGCGCGCGCCGCCCACGCUGCUCGAGUGGCGCGCCGCCCGCAACGACGCACGCCCCGCCCUGCCCCUCACGCUGCCCGACGAGAGCGUGCAUCACGUGUGCGUGGAAUCGUGGACGACGUGCGAACGAGCUGCGGCGGCUGCACUCGCAGCUGCGGGUGUCGCCAGGCGCGCCACUGGCUGGACUCUCUCUAUGGACCAUAACGGACAUCUCACAGAAUGGGCUGGUUGCGAGUACGCACUGGACGCAGUGGGCGAGAUAGAAGCGUGGGCGGCGAUGCCUAGCGCGCGCGGGGAGCCGCUGCGCGCAGCAGCUUCGCGCCUGGCGCCGCCCGCGCCGCCGCCCCGCGCCUCCUCCGUGGAGGCCGACCGCGCCGCGAGGCCGCAGGUCCCACCACCGGAGCCACCUAAAUCUCGAUCACCUAGUAUUCCCCGGCUGCUCCAAGACUCCAUUGAUGAAGGCCUCUCUGAAUACAACUGGAAAAUCGAACGGGAAGAUUCGCACACGAUGUCGAAACAAAUGGAGUAUUCGAGAAAGAUAUCGCACGACAUCCUUUCUCGUGAAUCGGCUCUCAACGAGCGAUACUUUGAACAGAAUAACGAUAAAGUUCGUAGCAGGUCAUUGGAUAAUCUGUUAGGAGAUAACCCUGUACCACAGCCGACGAAACUAGCCGAUUUGGGAUUAUCGCAAUCGCGUCUCAAUGAUCGAUAUCACUCGGUAGAAAGGUUAGGCGGUGCCCCGAGCGUGACCAGUAGUAAAGGAGCAAUGGAAAUCGAAUAUGGUACAGGGUCGCGUGUGUUGCCGUCGCGGUAUAUAAAGUCACAGUAUGCGGGUAAACGAGCACCGGCCGGCUCGCAGUCUAGCCGCGCAUAUAUUGAGAAAAGUUCGGAAUUCGGAGGUGUACGAUCUUCAGCGAUGUCUGAUACCUCUGAGGCUCCAAGUUUAGCAUCGCACGUGCGUCGAGUCAGAGUACCGAGUCAAGCUUCCGACGUCGACCAAUUCCUGGACGAUCUAUUCUCUCCAGUCCUUGACCCGAACAUCGACGAACUCUCUGACGCUCGUUCUCUUGCUGCCAGCAUCAAAGGUGGAAAGACCUACGCCGAUUUCAUUGACAAUAUCCUUAAAUGUGAUUACAAGGAACAAAUGAAAGUACUAGAUGAUGUUGGAGAGUUAGAACGCUUGAUCAAAGGCGGAGAUAAAGAAGGAAAAGAUAGAGAUAAAAGCAGAAAGGAAUCAAGUGUUGGUUCAGUAGACGAUUACAUAACUAAUCUUUUCGAUCCAAUUUUUAUGAACGAUAGCUUGAAGAGGCUAACUGACGGCGAAAGGCUUUCAGGUGCAAUCAAAGGUGGUGGAGCCACACCGAGAGCUGCUUCUGCUAACACUUCAGCACUAAGUUAUGGCGGUUUAGCUUUACCACCAACUAUGCCAACGACACCCGAAGCAUUAGCAGCAGCGUUAGGGCUUCAUUUGCCACCGCCUGGGACGGUCGACAUUAACGCAUAUCAUCAAAAUCUUCAGAGAGCAUUUUUACAAAGCGCAAUGGCACAAAACCUUCAAAUUCAGCAACAGCUCCUAGCUCAGAAUCAGGCUUUACAAACUCUGCUAGCUGGUCAAGUUGUAGAUCCUUCAGAUGGAGAACCAACGUCGCCAGUAAGGUCGUCGACAGUGGUGCAUGCUCAAGUUCAUUCACCCCCAAGAAUACCAGCAAAGGCUAGGCGUGAAUCUAACGAGAGCUCUUCAGCUGGAGCUCCGCCGCCACCGCCUCCUCCUAUGCCUCCACCGUUACAUGCAACAGAUCCAUCCGAAGUACGACCAUUUAUGGAUCCCUAUGGUAGAGCGAAAACAGUUCGCAUAGGCAAAUGGAGAUGGCCUCCUCCUAAAGACGCUACGGGCCAGGAACAAACACAAGACUUUACCAAAUUCAAGAUGCGUCAGAUUCAAAGAAGACACACUCCUCAGGCUCAAACGAAUGGCGUAGAACAUGAACCACCUAGGGGCAGGUCCCGGUCAGAAGCGUCACCGGGCAUUGAAUGGGAAGAAUUUGAGGUAGAUGGUCCGGUUUCUCCCAGCCGAGAACCUCCAAACCAACGAACAGCAAGAAGAAGCUUUGAAAUCGGGGCCCAACGUCCUUCACCCGGUAGUGUUGGAAAACUAAAACUGAGCUCCGAAAUGAGACAGCGAUUGGAACGGGUCACGGCUAACCAUUCAGUUCGCAGUUCCUCUUCUGCUGCUGAAACACCUCGUACCGUUAACAAGUUGGAAGAUACUAGGAAGUUGAUGUUGGAGCGUCAGUUGGGGGGUGGUAUGAGAUGGGAUGCUCCUCCGCCGCCGCUGCCGCCGGCCCCGCCCGGCCCGGCUCCGCCGCCCCCCAAGUCCCCGCCCACACCACCAGACAGGCCAGCCCCGCCGCCUCCAGCUCCAGACUCAUCUUCCACUUUUGCUCAACUUCGUCGCGAUAGAGACACUUUUGGGGUCCAUCAAAACCGAGAGGCGGACGAUCGCCACGCGUUCAUAGCUAAUUGGAACUCUCGACGAAAAGACGACUCCGAAUCUCCCCGAGACGACUUGGCUACGCGAUUCCUAACUUCGGACCGUCGCGAAAGAAACUCACGCGUCAGGGACGACUGGGGAGACGAGUCAGAAAUUAGAAGUUACGAUGAAAAACAAGGUCGUGAUGAGUGGGACUCCGAAUCGGGCAUCGACUCGAGUCGACGCGACCGCGACAACUUCUCCGGUAGAGAAGCAUCCGAGAUAUAUGAAAUUCAUCCUGCGAGAGCUGAGAGGCGAAGAGACGAAAACGGCCUGGAUGACCCAUUUGAACGAAAGAGAUCGCCUUUCUUCGAUGACUUUGAGCGUUUUGAUGGGCGGAAGAACUCAAGAGAUAUGCUGGUGGGACGAGCUAGAGACAGCCCGCGGUCGGAUAUUCUGUUCCCACCGGAUAGCAAUGAUAUGAAAACUUCCAGUCGUGCUACAUUCAAAACGCACAUGGUACAGAAAGAGAAGGACAGAAAAAUAGAAGCAGAAAGGAGACACUCUGUCUCUACCCACGUCACUGAUAGAACUGAACACCUCGAACGCGAUGUGCCUGCGCCGGCGGCUUUACUGCCAUCGGAGCGCGCGUUCCUCACAUACAGCCGAGUGCCAUGGAAGCUGCGCGUACGCAAGGAAGUGUUUACGCCACUUGAAACAUAUAACGAUCCAGCCAUAUUAGACUUAUUAUAUGCUCAGAUAGUGCACGAUAUCAACUCGCCGUCGCCGUCGCUGCGGCUGGGCGCCAACGAGCGCCGCACUGGCGCCGCGUGGCUGGCGUCGCAGCCCGCAGGCCCGGUACGCGCGGCUGCUAAGAGACAAGCCGUCGACAUGGCCAGGACUUGGCCGUUCUACUUCGCCAGGCUGUUCACCGCAAGACUUCCGCCUGGAGAGAACGCCGUUCUCGCUGUGUCACAUGCCGGAGUUACUAUUGGUGUUAAGGGACCGGGAGGUCUGUCUGUGCGGCGCACGCUGCCGCUGGGCGGGCUGCGGGCGACGUCUCCGGCGCCGCACUCGCUGCAGCUGGCCGGGCUCGCGCUGCACGUGCCCCUCGCGCACCACGCGCACGCGCUCAUCACUGAAUUCGUGCUGCAGCACUCGCAGAUUCAACCAAAACCAACGACAAAUGGAGUGAUAAAGGAACGUAUAACUGAUCGCGAGAACAGCAGAGAAGCCAGAGAAUCCAGAGACUCUAGAGACUCCAGGGAGAUUCGCGAGUCCCGGGAGUCUAGGGAAGAAAUAGAACACUUGGAGAGAAGAGCACAGACCUCAUCGCCUAUACCUCGAGAAAGAGAGAGAGAACGGGACAGAGAUAGGGAAAUACGGGACGAUAGAAGAGACCAGUCAACGCCACAGCAUGAUGGAAGGCAUCCAUUGCUACAGUUUGCUGUUGAUCACUUCAGACAGAGCCCAGAAUUAGAAAUACUAAAAGCGGAUUCGUCGCUAAAGAGCAAGGCGAAACGGAACGAGUGGACAUGGAAAGCGCAGACCGACGUGGUGAAAUGGCAGGCGACGCCGCUACGCGCGCCACUGUUGCGGCUGCCGCCCGCGCUGGCGCCGCCAGCUUUAGAAUGCUUCACGUGCGUGCGCGCAUACUGCGGAGACCUCCAGCCCGCUGAGAGGCCGAUGCAUCAGGACUUGACUGAAGUUAAAUGUGUUUAUACAGUACUUAUGCAUUGCCACUCAGUACCGGAACUCCGAGACGAGGUAUACUGUCAGCUUAUGAAGCAGACCACUUCGAAUCGGUCGCCGGCGCCCGACUCCUGCCAGCGAGCCUGGCGACUCAUGUCCAUACUCGCUGCCUACUUCACAUGCUCUGACACACUCAGGCCGUUCCUUGUGGAAUACCUGUCGGCGGCUGCGGCAGACCGCAGGCGGCCGUGUCAGGGCACCGCGGCCGUGUGUCUCGCAAACUUGAGGAAGACAUUAAGAUGCGGCGGACGAAAGAACGUGCCCAGCGUUGAAGAGGUCACAGCGGUGUCAGCGGGUCGGUCGGCGCGACGUCAACUGUACCGGCUACCGGGCGGCGCUGAACGAGUGGUCAACACGCGCUGCGCCACCGUCGUACAGGACAUCGUCAACGAACUCUGCGACCUUAUCGGCGUGUCGAGUGAGGGUGAACGCGCGGAGUUCUCGCUGUACUGCAUCGUGGCUGGCGACGCGCUGACGAUGCCGCUGGCCGGCGACGAGUACGUGCUGGACGUGACCACGGAGCUGCAGCGCGCUCAUCACCCCUUCUACCUCAUCUUCUGCCGUUCCGUAUGGCAUCAUCCACUCAGGACAGACGCGCCACCGCUCUACACAGAAGUUCUAUUCAACCAGGUGGCGCCGGACUACCUGGAGGGGCUGCUGGUGGUGCUGCCGGGCGGCGCGGCGCCGGCGGCGGGCGCGGUGCGGGACGCGGCGCUGGUGGCGGCGCUGCUGCACCGCGCGGCCGCGCUGCCGGACGCGCCGCACCCGCGCGACCUCAAGUUCCUGCUGCCCAAGCCGCUGCUGGCGCUGCGCGAGCCGCGCCCGCAGCGCUGGGCCGCCUGGGUGGCCGCAGAGUGGCCCGCCGCCAGCCACCUCGCGCCCGCCGCCGCCAAGGCCAAAGUGCUCCAGGUGUUGUCCCGCUGGCCACUAUUCGGCUCGUCGUUCUUCGCGGUGCGGCGCGUGACGGGCGGCAGCGCGGGCGAGUGGCGCGAGCACGUGCUGGCACUGAACCGGCGCGGCGUGCACCUGCUGCACCCCGCCACGCACGAGACCGACACGCACUGGCCCUACAGCGAACUCAUCUCCACCAGGAAGGUGCGGUCAGAGGACGGCACGCUGUUCCUGGACGUGAAGUGCGGGUCGCUGCUGCAGCAGCGUGUGACGCGGCUGCAGGCGGAGCAGGCGCACGAGGUGGCGCGGCUCGUGCGCCAGUACGUGGCGCUGCAGCGCGACCAGCGCCACGACGCGCGCCUCGAGCACGCGCACUCGCCCACCGCAGACUACUGAUAUCAACAUCCAAAUACGUGAAUGUGCCUUCGUGACCUAAAACAUGCCAACCAUUAUUGCUAUAAAUAACGAUUGUGUAUGUUAACCUCAACAAUUCCGUCCUAUAUAGAUCUGAGAUGUCCCUUACAUCAAACAUUAAUUAAUUUUACAGUUUUUUGUAUAUUAAGAUCUGACUAAAAUGAGAAUAGGAUUGUUAGGGCUCAAACUCGCUAUUGAAUACAGCGAUUAAUAUUAUUAUACUUCUAUUUUCAUUUUGGUCAAAAUAUCAUAGUGUUAAAUUUCGAAUAUUUUAACGUUAGUUAUUCAACAUGAGUAUUUUUAUGAGAACAUUCCAACAUUGUUGUUGUUAUCAAACAUUUAGUAUAGCGUUUCGUGUUGUAAUCAAAUAUUUAAAUCAUAUAUAAGUAUCUAACUAACUAUUUAUAAAAUACUAUUAGUUGUUCUCUGUAUCUACUGUUUUUAAUCUGUCGCAUUCUGUUUUCAAAAA